GUUCGGGAUUUGACCACCUCUCUCUCUCUCUCUUCGCAAAGUGGAGUUGGUUUUGUUUGAUAUUUAAAACCCUUUCCAGCCCUCACCGCUCAUAAAGGUCCCCUUCAUUCUCUCUCUCUCUCUCAUACCCUCUGUUUCGAAUUUCGAAAUGUCGAAUGUUGCAGGGACGAGGAGUGACACCUGUUAAGAGAGAGAUAGAAAGCGCCUUUUUUUUUUGAUCUGCGAAGGCUUCUCGCAUUGUUAUUAGUCUCUCUUGAGCUCGCGGGGAACAAUCGAAUCGAAUAGAAAUGGCGGCAUACAGGGCCGACGAUGAUUACGAUUAUCUGUUCAAGGUGGUUUUGAUCGGAGACUCAGGUGUCGGGAAAUCCAAUCUCUUAUCCAGAUUCACCAGGAAUGAGUUCAGCCUUGAAUCUAAAUCUACGAUCGGUGUUGAAUUCGCUACGCGGAGCAUUCAUGUUGACGAUAAGGUCGUCAAGGCUCAGAUUUGGGAUACAGCCGGCCAAGAAAGAUACCGGGCAAUCACUAGUGCAUACUAUCGAGGAGCUGUUGGUGCACUGCUUGUUUAUGAUGUUACACGUCAUGUUACAUUUGAGAAUGUGGAGAGAUGGUUGAAAGAGCUUAGGGACCACACUGAUUCAAACAUUGUGAUCAUGCUCGUGGGGAACAAGGCUGACCUGCGUCACCUGCGAGCUGUUUCUACCGAGGAUGCAAAAGCCUUUGCUGAGAGAGAGAACAACUUCUUCAUGGAGACUUCUGCCCUGGAAUCUAUGAAUGUAGAAAAUGCCUUCACAGAAGUGCUCACUCAGAUCUAUCGUGUUGUCAGCAGGAAGGCUCUUGAUAUUGGGGAUGACCCUGCAGCGUUGCCCAAAGGACAGACUAUCAAUGUGGGCUCGAAGGAUGAUGUAUCAGCUGUCAAGAAAGUUGGAUGCUGCUCUUCCUAACUGAAGAAAGGACGUGGAUAGGGAUCCGGUGUUGAAUUUUUAUACCACUGCUCUGAUUUGGAAUUCAUCAUUCUGUGUGAUGUGCUUCUUGAUAUUAUUUGUUGAGAUUUUGGGCACAACAGCACAUGGAAUGCUCUCUCAAACAUAGUUUUACUGUCAUAUCAUCAAGCAUUGUAUGUUUAAACUCUUCUAGGGCUAGCCAAAAUGUUUAGGGAUCUAUAGAAAGUUGGUGGAUGUUGGGUAAUUCUCUUUGCAGCUGCAGCAGAGACUCUUUGCAAUUUAUGUCUCCUUUUUCGUUCUCUUUUUUAUUUUUUGGGGUUCAAGUCGAUGUAAUACUUUGAUUUUUAACUACCACAGGGUUCUGUAAUUCUGUUAUAUUUGGUUGCUUUGGACUA